CAUGCCGCGGGCCCCGGGCGCAGGCGCAGACGGGCCGGGAAGCGGGCGGGCGGCGGGGACGACUACCCGGAACCCACCGAGCCUUCAAGGCCGCGAGCGGUGCCCGUUAACGGCCGCUGGGCGCCCCGUUCUACCCCGCAGGCUGUGGCCGCCGGGAAGCCGCUCGCCAUGUCGACGGUGGCCGCCGCCAGCUGCGACGCCAAGGGCGCGGGGGAGGCGGGGGGCGAGAAGAAGCCGCUGAAGGCCUGCUGCGCCUGCCCCGAGACCAAGAAAGCGCGGGACGCCUGCAUCAUUGAGAAGGGGGAAGAAAAUUGCAGGCACCUAAUUGAAGCUCACAAAGAGUGUAUGAGAUCUCUGGGCUUCAAGAUAUGAGUGAGAUACGCAGGACUGUGAAUGUGAUGAUAUCUGUGGUGUGAUUGGUAUUCUGGAAAGCUGCAAAAUAAAUUAUUUCUGCAAGUUACUUCAAAGAACAAAUAUAAACAAAGAAUCUAUUUAUCAAGAAUCUCUAAUCAUAGACUGUGCCUCACGUCUGUGGCUUUUCCACUGUUAGCUCUUGGCUGCUGCUAUAGAAAAUAUAUUUUUUCCUCCUAAUAAAAGUCUGAAAAUGACCAGUG